CUUUCCUAGUGUACCCCCCCUUUACUACAUUCACGUGUUUCGCGGACCGGGCUACGAGUCUACCGGCGUCCGGGAAGGGACGGAGGAAACCGACUGAGCAAGAGCUACAACUGCGGGCCACUGCGGAAGCCAUGGCGGGGCAGGCUUUUAGAAAGUUUCUUCCUCUCUUUGACCGAGUUUUGGUUGAAAGGAGUGCAGCUGAAACUGUUACCAAAGGAGGUAUUAUGCUUCCAGAAAAAUCUCAAGGAAAAGUAUUACAGGCAACCGUAGUAGCUGUUGGAUCAGGAUCCAAAGGAAAGGAUUUCUAUAAUUGGCCUGAUGAAUCCUUUGAUGAAAUGGACAGCACAUUAGCUGUUCAACAGUAUAUUCAACAGAACAUAAGGGCAGACUGUUCCAAUAUUGACAAAAUUCUUGAACCACCUGAAGGCCAAGAUGAAGGCGUAUGGAAAUAUGAGCAUUUAAGGCAAUUCUGCCUGGAGCUAAAUGGACUUGCAGUCAAACUUCAGAGUGAGUGCCAUCCAGAUACAUGUACUCAGAUGACAGCAACUGAACAAUGGAUUUUUCUUUGUGCAGCUCACAAAACUCCAAAAGAGUGUCCUGCUAUAGACUACACUAGGCACACACUUGAUGGUGCUGCAUGUCUUCUGAAUAGCAAUAAAUAUUUUCCUAGCAGAGUUAGCAUAAAGGAGUCAUCUGUAGCCAAACUAGGAUCAGUGUGCCGUAGGAUUUACAGAAUAUUUUCACAUGCUUAUUUUCAUCAUCGGCAAAUAUUUGAUGAAUAUGAGAAUGAAACUUUUUUGUGUCACCGAUUUACUAAAUUUGUGAUGAAAUAUAAUUUGAUGUCUAAGGAUAACCUGAUUGUACCAAUUUUGGAAGAGGAAGUGCAGAAUUCAGUGUCUGGGGAAAGUGAAGCAUGAUGAGAAUCAUACAUAAAAAUGUACUGAACACAUAAUUAACAUUAAUUAUGUACUGUAUAUAUCAUUUUAGACACUUCAAUCAUGUAUCCAUAUUAUGGCUUCUUUGUUUAGUAUAGUUUUGUAUCUUGUGUGUUGCCUUUUAAAAUGGGAAAGACUUUAAGUUAUUCAUGAGCUGUAUAUUCACCAGUGUGGCACUCAUGGUUUUUAAAUAAGAUUAGUAUUAUCUGUUUAUAAUGCCUGUUAAUAAAAGAAUUUACAAUUCUGUAAAAUUGCUGCUAAACAAUCAUUGGAUCACAGUCCUCAUCAGACAAACCUAUCAGUAAAAGAUGAGUGAGCUCUAGGUUUCAUAUAAGCCAUUUACUAAUGAGAUAGCAACAUUUUUCCUUAGUUUUGUGUCCUAAAUUUAGAAUACUUUAGGAAAUUCAUAUAAUACAGUUCAGACUAAACUAUAGCUCAUUUUUGAAAAGCUGGUUUUCAAGGUCUCCUUAUGAAUUUUGACAUAUAUCUAUGAAGAUUAUGUGUAUAUCCAAAUGUAAAAGCAAGUGCAGUGUUAGUAAUGCUAAAAUAUUAAUCUUACUCUGCUACACAAAGUAUAUUCUGGGCCAACAUACUUGAAAGCUGUAUGUUUUUCUGGAUUUACCUUUCUGUAAUAGUGGACAAAAGAAGUUUUGCAUACAUCAUGAUAAUGAUGCUAAGGCAAAUAAAUGCUUCUCCUAAUGAAACCCCUUUCAUUCCUACCUCUUUCCCUCAGUUCCCUCACCAAAAACAAAGCAAACAAAACAAAACAAAAAACCUUUUCCAGGCUAACAUAAAUUACUAGUAUAAAGGCUUAUAUGUAUCUAUAUUAAUUAUCUACAGAUUAUACCUCAUAAUAACAUUAUUACACUACAAGAAAAGUGUACUGGCAUAAUUUCUUGUUUCUUUUUGUUUGGUGGAAUUAUUCUAACUAAGUACUUGGAAAUUUUUAGUCUUUAAAAUAGUUUGGAUAUUUCUAUUAGUAAUAUUAAUCUCAUUGUUCAUCUAGACAAUACUUAGGGCUGAGAAAAUAAUCUAGCAUCUCUACCCCCUUUCAAAAAAAGCUUAUAUUUGAAUUAUGUGCACAUGUGAGAUUAUUUGCAAUAAUUCACAGGAUCCAUGAGUGCUACUUAAUGGUGUUGCACUGGUUGGACCUUUUUAAAAUGAAAUGCCUUAAGGAUAGAACUUCAGAUUUGAUAAUAUGAGCAGUGUAACUGAAUGCAAUCUUUAAAAAAAGCACGUGUCUUAAUUUUAACAUUGUAUAUAUAUAUAUACAUAUAUAUAUAUAUAUAUAUAAGCUUUGAAAUAUAGGGGUUAAGAGAGUGUAAAAAGAGUGAAGAAAAUGUCUAACGAUAGACUUUUUGAUGGUUUUAAAUGCCCGAAAAAGAAAAAUAUUUUGAAUGUAGAAGUUAAGGUUAUUUGGAAAUAAAAGUGAAAUGCAUUCAUUUUUGUAUCACCAUUUCUUUCCAAUUUGAGGUUAAACCUUAUAUAAUAUUGUUAUAAAAUGUACAAUGAGGAAAUGUGAGUGUGAGGUAUAGAGAGUGUUUAUGUAAAGAUAUUUCCUUUUAAAAUCUGUCUUUUGUUCUGAUGUACUUGACUGACAGUAGUAUAUUCUAGUAUUCAGUAAUUUUUCUUUGAAAAUAUUUUGUGUCACCUGUGGUUCUAUCUUUAAGGAAGUUUUCUUAUAUGUGUAUGAAAAGAAUAUUAGCUUUGAAAUUUUACAUUUAUAUUAAUCUCACUGUAAACCAACUGAAGUAGUAAAAUUGCUAAAUUUGGGGGAAAGGAGUACACUUCUAAUAAGUAUAAUGUAUCUGUUUACCUUAGCAAGGGACAUCCUAAUGAAUUUCUGUUGCUUGAUUUAUCUCUUAGUUAUAGUUUUGAACUAAUGCAGUAACUAAGAGAGAUGACCUAAUAACCUAUUCACUUCAGAGCAUAGCUCACUGCACUGGGGAAAUACCUAAGGCUCCUUUUCCAUUUAUUCCAUCUUUCAUAAACUGUAUGUUGGGAGUUGAUCCUAAAAACAAAAACAAAAAACUCAAAUCCAAACAAAAUCCUGCAACCAGUUUGUUUUGCUUUUGUAUUCAUUUUAACAUCUCAUUCAUAUGUGUUAUACUGUGAAGUUGAUUUGUUAUACUAUGUAACCUGACUAUAAAAGACCUAAGUGAAAAAAUUCCUAUCUUUUUCUUCAUGUUGUUUACUGGAUUUAUCUAAAAAUGUACAUGUACUUAAGAGAUGCUUACUCCAAGAGUUUAAUGAGCCUGGCCAAUCACUGAUUUGUAUAGCAAGUGUUUUAAGAGGAAAAUUUGUGAACUUAAGGCCCUAUGUGAUAGGAAAAUUGAGUUCCAAUUUGUCUUUGAAUUAUGUUGUAAAGGUCAAGAGGUUAAAAUUAAAUUUCUCACUUUCCAUACCAAGCAUAUUUGGCCAUGUGGGUCCCUCCUGUUACCUUCCAUUAUGACUGAGAAAGCAGAUGGCUUCUGAUAAUUCAUGUUUCUAAAAGUGACUCAUUCUAGUUCUGUUCAUUAUUUCUUUUUUCUUAUCUAGUUUAAGGUGUUGAUUUUUGUGUAGCUAGUAAGGUUUCUCAUUUCUGUUCUAUAAAAUUUACCUAAACUCUCUAGAAAUAAGAGGCAUCUAAUGGAACAUUAUGAUAGAAUUACUUUCCCUUUGUUAAUUAAGAGUUUUUUAAAAGACUGUCAAUACUGAUACGUUAAACUGCACAAAAAGUUAUUUUUUCAAUUUUUUUGUUUGCUUGAUUGAUAAGAAGUAAAUGAUAGGUACCUCUUUUCUAAAAAGUUUCAUCAGUAACCCUAACUUUUUAAACCAAUCUUAUUGUUUUGCCCAAAUGUGUACAAACUUAUGGGCAUAAUUGUAAUUUAGCAUUUAUUCAGUGGCUUUUCUUAACCACAAUUUUGUAAGUGGUCAACAUUUAAUUUGAGACCUAUGGGUGCAGCUAGUUGGCUCGUGAAUAGAGAGGACUUGGAGAUCUUAUGAGUUUUUGGAUUUAAAUUUGGCCCCAGACAUUGUCUGUGUGACCCAGGGCAACUCCUGUUAACCAGCUCUUAUCACUCUUCUGCCUUGGGACCAAUAUACAGUCUUGAUUCUAAGAUGGAAGGUAAGGGUUUUUUUUUUAAAUUUUUUGCGACCUGUGAUACAUGGUGGUAUGAGUUGUUUUUUUUUUAAACAUUUUUUCUAGAAAUGUUUAUGAGGGGACAGCUGGGUAGCUCAGUGGAUUGAGAGCCAGGCCUAGAGAUGGGAGGUCCAAGGUUCAAAUCAGGCCUCAGACACUCACUGUGUGACCCUGGGCAAGUCACUUAACCUCCAUUUCCUAUUAAAAAAAAAAAGAAAUGUUUAUGAACUUUUCAGUAUAUAAAUUUCAACGUUAGAAGUAUUUCAGUUUUGCAACUACUUGUUGCUGCUGCAAGCUUCUGGGUUUAUUUCUACCAUGUUGUGUAAACUUUAUGUUAAAAGUAUUGGCUUUCAUUUUUAGUAUGACCCUAAUUAAUAGGUAAACUGAUAAUAUAACUGUAUUUGUUGCAAUUCUGUUGACUAGUUCAUUGAGUUUUCUGAAACAUGCCAGUGAGAAAAAUCAGAUUUAUUUAAUUGAUUAUUUACAUCAAUCAAUACCCAGAUUAUGUUAUAAACAUGCAAUGCUACCAAGUAAAUCCACUAGGGGGUACUCACUCCACAAAGUGGAAACAUCUUUAAAAUUUAGAAAGGGGCACUUACAGUGCUUGGAAACCAUGCAUCUUAUCUUUCUAUAAUAUUUUGUGUCUGCUAACUGUUUAUCUUUCCCUCCUUAUACACAUAUGUUUUAUAUCAAGUGCAAGAACAAACAAUGGAGUUGAGUGAUCAGAAUUUUUAUACGUAGUCUGUAUUUGCAAAAGAUAAUUUCAUAUGUUAAAAUUAAUUCUAUAAUCUAAAUUUUAGACUCAAGCUUCAAGAUUUAUGAAAACUAUCCCCUUUCAAAACCAUUUAUAUUUUUAAAAACAAGACAUAUAAUUGAAUUUUACCAUUUUCUAGAGUUCUUUUACAAAUGUCAAGAGCCUGUUAUGGUAUUCCCAUGAGUACAGUUGCUUUUUUUUCAAGGUCAAGUGUCAUAUGAGCAACUUUUACUGUAACUCAUAUAACUUGAAAUCUUUUUUUAAGUCAUGGUUACAUUAUGGUAGUUUGUAAUGACAGAUUGUUUUAGCCUGGUUUGUAGUUAUAGUAUAGUAUAAUAAUGGAACUUUUGAAAUGGGAAUGACUUAUUUAUAGGAAUGUUCAUUUCCCCUCAUUUACUGAUUUAAAGGAUUUUUCAUUGUUGCUUUAGUAAUAGUGCUUUUAUGAAAAUAAAAUAGAUAUCUUUAGCCACCCUCUUGCCUACCAAAUGUGCACUGUCCCGGCACUAAAAGUAGAGAAUUAAAAAUAGAUUGAGAUGACAGACUUUCUGAAAUUGUUGUAAAAUAAGGUGAGAGCAUUUCUUUGAUGUCUAUUUCCUGCUCCCCUAAAAAUAAGCUAAGUUUGGGAAGUGAAGAAGGAGAACUAUAUUUCCUUAAAGCAGAGAGCCAAAUUGUUACUUCUGGAUAUUUGUUUUAUGGUUUAGUAAGAAUUUAAUAGGAAUUACGAGAAUUUCUAAGGAAGGAAGUUAACUCACUUUUUGCUUGCGUUUAGUUUGCAGAUAAUACCUUUGGAUUUUGAGGAUAGAAUAUUAUUUUAAUCUCCUUUAUCCCUAUUACUUUACCUUUUAAGUUUUUAAGUCACUAUCUUUGUAUAGGUUAAAUAUUGGCCUUUAUUUGAUUUUGAAAGACUUCUCAGACCAUUCUUGGGUUUAGUCAUGGGGGAGGGUAAUAAAACCAAUUUGUAAAUCAAAUCUUUAUAGAAAUGCUUGAAAGUUAUAAAAGUGGAUUCACAUUAUGCCUGAUGACUUGUAGAUGUUGAGCUGGGACUCAUGCCUACUUAAGUCCUAAAGAGUUAGCAUUAACUCCAUGCUGGUGCUAAUUUCUAGAACCAUGGAGCAUCCUAGAGGUUAAACGGCUGUUGCCAUCUUUUUCACCUUCUCUUUUUCCUAGUUGCUACUUUGACACAGGGAUUGCCCUCAUCACCUUCCUUCUAGUAAAUCUGUGUUUAACCAAAAUCAUCCUCCAUGUUAAUAAAAUGUCAUUUCAUUGAUAUAAGGAAUUCCCUUUGAGGAGACUUCCUUUGUUGUACCAGUGUAGAUGAUUAAUUGCUCUGCAAUUUGUAGUCAUAGGUUUCUGGGACAAACAAGGUUUAAGUAUUUGCCCAGUACACAAUGAGUAUUUGAGAAUCAGAACUUGAACUCAGGCCUUCUCUGGAUUUCUAAUUCAUUGUAUCACUGUCUCUCUUUGUUUUAUUACUAGUAGAGAUUGAGAAUAGUUGAAUACCUUGCUCUACAUGGGUAUCAUUAAUUCAUUUCCCUAAAUAUGUAACAUGUUCUUCUUGGCCGUGGGUCCUUGAAAUGGAUUCUCCUAUGAGGAAUAUUAGCAACUGUUGACAUCAGCACUGCUUUUAUUUCUUAUAUAUUGUGCUCCUACUUCAGUCUCCCCAUUAUCUUGCAUGUCAUUUUCCUAAAUUUUAUACUUUAAAAUAGGCCUUUGGUUUCCUUAUCUGUAAAAUGAGCAAGUGAAAGUAGAUCACUUGUCAAAGGAUUUAGAAUUGAUGAGGAAUCUUUGUGAUUUUCAUAAUUUUAUUGAUGAGGAAACCGAUUCAGAGUGUAACAUAGAAAUACAUCCAAGGUAACAGGUAAGAAAAAGAGCCAGUAUUUUAACUCAGGUCUUUUGACUCCAAGUCUAGUAUUUUCCUAUACUACAACCUCCUUUGUUCCCUUCUAGCUUUAACAAUGUGAUCUAUGACUUCUUUCUGUAGGGCACCAUGCAUUAAAUUCCAAAUAGUUAGCACUAAUUCCCAGAUAGCCUCUUUCUGGUCAUAAUCUAGCCAACUGAUGUGUUUACUCAACAUCAGAGGGAGAUGGUGUAGAAACUGGCAUCUGUAGUAGCCCUGAGAGCAUGUUGAAAGCAGCAGUAAGAACUCAUCCCUUUAGGCUUCUAGGGGAUGUUUGGGAGUAUUAAAAGAUUACAGCCACCUUCUUGGGAGUCUAGAAGUCUUUGGUGUCAAGUAGUGGGGAGUUGAGGCUGACUCUUUGUGUCCCCGACUGAUUGCUCUUUCCCUCCAAGUAAUUUGUCAAUAAUAGCUUCCAAAUGUAGCUAGUGCUUUACAUCAUUUCAUUACCUAAAGACACCCACUUAUAGAUUGUAUAGAUUAGAUAGAUAGCACUGUCAUGUUUACAAAGCACUUUCAAGCUACCUUGUAAGGUUGGUAAACCAACUGAGAAUAUUCCCAUUUAAUGAGGAAACUUAAGGCCUAGAAAAGUGAUUUACACUAGGUCACACAAUAUGAGAGAGCUGGAGUUCACACACAAGUGUUUUGACUCCCACGUUUAGUAUCCUUUCUUAUAUAAGCUUUUAAAAAAGUUCUUGUAACUUAGUAGCUAACAAACACUUAAGAACAACAAAAAAAGAGCAUUAUUUUGAAACCAUGUUGUUUUUUUUUUAAGUAUAUAGUAAGUUUAACAGGAUACUUACAAAAUUGCCUGGUUGGAUUCUUGAACUUAUUUGUUAUUUUUUUUUUGCUUGUUUUAAUUGACCAUGUUUGAAAAUCUUGUCAUUUCCUGUACCUUUUUGCCAAAUUGUGGAAGACAUGUUUUAGCAUCCGUCUUUUGAAAUCAUGAUUGGUUAUUGCGCUGAUCAGAAUUCUGAAGUUUUUCAAGUUUAAUGUACUCUCCCCUGAAUGUUAUAGUUUAGGUUUUAGCUCAAGCAAAUUAGGCAAGUUCUAAUAAACCAUUAAUUUAGAUAAGGGCCACCACCAUGGCAAAACUAUAGCAAAACUUCUUGUUAUAUUCCCAAAACUUCAGAAUGGGGAAAAAAAGCUGAAAGAAUGUUCAUGAGGCUUAUAAAACAAUGUUCAUUUGACUAGUCCUAGUCUUGAAAAGGAACUGACUUUCUGAUGUUGAUUUGUUUUGAGUUUCUCAGGUUACUAUUAGCGAAACAUUUCCAUUAGGCUAUUGCUGUGUUAUUGGUAGAUGUGUGGUCUAAAAUAGUGAUUGCUUUGAAUGAGUUAUUCUAUUCAAUCUCUCUUCUCAAAAUCCCAAUUCUAAAAAUAUACUGUAGUCAGCCAGCCCUGACAGUGAGUGCACUGCUUCCUAGGAAUAUUUUUGAAUUGCUUGUGACCUCUUUUUAGCCACAGGAAUUUGUUUAGUAUAGUAGUUGCUUUAAUACACUAAAUAGUAGUGAUGUUCAUGGAUUACUAAAGACCCCUAAUUUACUCCCAUGGAGUAGUUUAUUCCUUAUUACAAUCUGGGUGAUUAUAAACAUUCUCUUUUCCUACCUUACAAUUCUAUAUAAUUAUUAUUUAAAAAUAUUUUUCCAUGGUUACAUGAUUCAUGUUCCCCCCUUUUCUGGAGCUGACUGGGUUAUAUAUGUUUCACCUUACAAUUCUAAAUGUAAAACAGGCCAGUCAUUAACUGGCUAAAUUUCCAGCCUUCACUUAGUUAUCACCAUCCAGUUUAUAAGGAUGCCAAAGGCUUCCUAAUGUUAUUCUUAUCAGAACCUCCUCAGAUUCAUAUUAACCUGAUGGGAUUCCUCAUGUUGGACCUAAACAGGUUUCUUUAAGCUAUGACUUAAUAUUGCAUUAUUGUCAUUUUUGGAAUUUCCUUUCUUCCCUGAAGUCUUUCUGGAGAUAAAUAUGCAGAGUAGUUCAAAUGCAAAGUGUAAAGACUCAAAUGAUCACCCUCAAAACUAUACAGAAAACUUGUAUUUUUUUAAGAUUGAAAAGUGAAUUAAAAAAUAAAAGAUUAAAAAAAGGAAUUUGGGAAGUUUGGUCAGUUGAUACUUUUGGGUUUUGCUGGUCUAAGGAAAUCUGUGACUGAAGUGGACUAAAAUUCAAUAUACAGUAGAUCGCUUCAGAUUGAAUAGUGCUUUAGGGAUCUGUGAUUUUGUCAGCUUGAGUAUUCUGCCUGCUUGAAGCAGUUUGUAACCCCAUCUACAUUUCAGUAAAUUGUCUUUGUGGAUUUCUAUAGCCAAAGCAAUUAAUUGCCCAGUAAUCAACUUAAAUGUAAGCUCCUUCUUGUGCUUCUCACAUGCAAGAUAUAUACACUUUCCAGUUUGAUGUGUAGGACUUGUCAGAAUUAUUGGCUAGCAAGUCUUUGAGACCCCAGAAUUUGCUGCUUUCUCAACCAUGAUGCAUCAGAGUAGCACUUUAGUGGAGGGAGUUGAACCAUAUCAGAACAUCAAGGAUUAAGAGCUGUAAGAGAUCUUCAAGAUAAUCUAGUCCAAACCUCUCAUCUUAUGGAUGAAGGAACUGAACCAGAGUCAAUAAAUGAGUUGUUCAUGGUCAUCCAGGUAAUCAAGUAGCAGAUCUGGGGUCAUGAAAUAGAGAAAAAAUUAAAUGCUUUAAAAUGCAGAAUUAGAAGCAUCUUUUUAGUAUGCAAGUGAUAUACGUAGUAUUAAUUUUUCAGUGCCCCUUAAAACAAGCCUUUGUUUGGAUAGGAUCACAUUUUACAUGCCUCAUCAGGAAAGAGGAAUGAAGUAUUUUUAAACUUAACAUUUUUUCCAAUAACAAUAAUAGCAUUUUUAGAGCACUUUUAAGAUUUGCAAAGUGCUUUACAAAGAAUUCAUUUUUAUCUUCACAACAACUCUGGAAGGUAGGUGCUAUUAUUAUCCCUGUUUUACAGAUGAGAAAACAGACAGACAAGUGAGUUGCCCAAGGUUACAUGUAGUUGAUAAGUUUCUGAGUCUGGAUUGACAGGUUUUCCUGAUUCUCAUCCAGCAAUCUGUCCACUGUGACAUUUUUUUUCUCCUACUCCCUAACCCAUCAGAGUGGGAAAAACCCCAUGUAACAAAUAGACAGUCAAACAAAACAAAUUUCUUUAUUGACCUUAUCCAAAAAUGUCUUGUCUUGUUUUGCAAAUAUUUGGUCUAUCAUCUCUUUGUCAGGAGAUGGGUAGUAUUCUUCAUCAUUAGUCCUCUAGAAUUUUGACUUAUUACAUUGAUCAAAGUUCUUAAAUCUUUUCAAAGCUGUCACUUUUACAAUAUUAACUAUUAUUCUCUUGUUGCUCACUUCACUUGGCAUGGGCUUAUAUAAGUCUUCCCAGGUUUCUCUAAAAGUAUCCUCUGGUGGGGGGGAGAGGAGGAGAGUGGCUUAGGGGAUUGAGAGUCAGGCCUAGAGAUACUUCCUAGCUGUGUGACCCUGGGAAAGCCACUUAACCCACAUUGUCUAGCCCUUACUGUUCUUCUGCCUUGGUACCAAUACAUUGUAUUGAUCCUAAGAUGGAAGGGAAGGGCUUAAAACAAAUAGAAAGAAAGUAGAUAAAUAGACAAAUAAAUAAAAGUAUCCCCUCUGACAUUUCUUACAAGCCAGUAAUAUAUCAUUCAUUCAUAUACCACAAUUUGUUCAGCCAUUUCCCAGUUGAGUGUCCUCUUAGUUUCCAGUUCCUUAUUACUUCAAAAGAACCUCUACAAAUUUUUGUAGACAUAGCACCUUUUCCUUUUUCUUUAGUUUUCUAGGUCAAAUGGCAUGCAGUUUAUUUCUAUUCAUUAUUUUAAUUUUAUUGUAGACCUUUACUUUCUUUCUUGGAAUCAAUAUUGAGUAUUGGUUCCAAGGCAGAAGAGGGGUAUGCAGUUUAUUUCAUAACUUUAGGGACAUUGUGCCAAUUGCUUUCCAAAGUAGUUUUCUAGAAUGACUUGACCAGUUCACAACUUCACCAAUAAGGUAUUAAUGUACCUGUUUUCCCAUAGUCCUUCCACCAUAUUCCUUUUUUUUUUUUGGUCAACUUUACCAAUCUGAUGGGCAUGAAGUAGAACUUGAAUGAGAUAUUUUGAACAAAAAAAUCUAAAGCUUACAAUUUUUUACAUGAACUGAUGAAGAAUGAAGUAAGCAAUGCCAGUGGAACAAUUUACCCAUGAACCCCAAUAAUAAUAGGAAAGCAAAAGAACUCCAAUGCAGCAAUGAAUUUUGAUUUGAGAAAACAUGAUGAAAUCUGCUUUCCACCUCUCAGUAGUGAGAUUCUGAACCAGAGGUGCACAUUGAGUCAUACAUUUUCAGACAUGGCUAAUGUAUUUAUUUCAGUUAAUGGAUUUUGGACAACAUAUUUGUACAAGAGAAGGUCCUAUGGUGGAGGGAAAGGAGAAUCGUUGGAAACUGACAAUUACAGAAAAAAGAAAAGCAUCAAUAAAACAAUCCUUUAGGUAUUUAAAAUCCCAGGGGCAAGGUAGGAUAUAUGUUAAAAAAUUUUUUGGUGACGUUCUGUUGAUUUUAUAUCAAAACUAUUUUUAAAAAUUCCUCUCCUGAACCUAAAUGAGCCCUUUUAUAUUACAAAAUCAAAUUGAUUAAAACCAACAGACAUUGGGAGUAUGAAGAUAUUAUACUGGUAGCUUUCUUCCUUUCUACCAAAGGAAGAGUAAUGAGUAGGAAAUGCAUUUUUGAAAGUACCUUGAUCAGGACAGUCAUGGUUUCCUGGGAGUCAGAAUUUAGAAAAAUGACAAAAUGAUAAAAAGUUUUAAGUUUGUGUUCCCAUAAGUGAAAUCGUGUUAGAAUACCAGAUAAGAAAUUUACCUGUAGACCCUGGAUUUCUCCUCAGAUAGUACUUUGGCCACUUGAAUGAAACACCCUAAAAUGUAAAGAUUGACUAUAAAGUAAGUAUAACAUAUGAUAUAGGUAGAAUCCUGUUUUAAGAAAUUCCAUUGACAUCAGUCUAAUACCGAAAGCUUAUUUUUCCAAUCAUGGCUACUAAAUAACUUUUGGUUAUGUGGAUAUGACAUAUUCUGAUGCCAACUUCCUUAAACUAAAUGUAUCCACAAGUACCUGUUCACUUAGCAAUCAAUCUGUUUAAUGAUGAUUUUUUUUCUUUUAGUGAUGGACUAAUGUAUAGUAACUAUUUUGAAUCUGUAUUCAUAUUCAAUAUGUACAGUGUUCAAUAUGUGUUUUUAAAAAAUAAAGCUGGACUUUUUUUUUUAGAAGA